AUGGUUCACUGGACUGCUGAAGAGAGGGCCGCCAUCAACUCUGUGUGGCAGAAGGUCAAUGUUGAACAGGAUGGACAUGAAGCACUUACCAGGCUGUUUCUAGUUUACCCCUGGACCCAGAGGUAUUUCAGCACCUUUGGAAAUCUCUCCGGCCAAUCUGCAAUUGCUGGUAAUGCCAAAGUGCACGAGCAUGGCAAGAAGGUUCUGGGAGCUAUUGGUGACACCAUCCAGAACCACCUAGAUGAUGUGAAGAAAUCUCUGCACAACCUCAGUGAGGUCCAUGCUAACAAGCUGUAUGUGGAUCCCGAGAACUUUAGGCGGUUUGGAGAAGUGUUGAUUGUUGUCCUGGCUUCCAAACUGGGAAAAGCUUUUAGUCCUCAAGUCCAGCAAGCAUGGGAGAAGUUCUUCGCUGUCCUGGUUGAUGGUCUUAGCCACGGCUACCGCCACUAA